CCUCUUCCAAUUUCCAUGGCCACUUAUUGCUUUUCAACAUCAACUUCAACUUCAACUUCAACGUCAUUUCCAUUAUCAAUCUCUAAUAAAUCCAAAAUUAAUCCCACAAAUCCUUUAAUUUCCACACUUCACUUUCCUUCUUCAGCCAAAAACCACCCUGCUAUUAAAAAUAAUAAAAGUAAAAAGAUAUUUACAGUUUCAGCACUCAUUGAAAAUGAGCAGCAACAAGAACAACAACAAUAUUCAUCUGGAAAUGGGUUUAGUUUACAAGAGGAGGAUAUAGAUUUGAGAAACUCUUAUAAACCAUUUGAAUUAUAUGUAUGUAAUCUUCCUAGAAGCUGUGGUAUUACUGAACUUCUUAAUAAGUUUCAAACUUAUGGCACUGUUCAAUCUGUUGAGGUCCCAAGAAUUCCGGAAACUGGGAUGAGCCGGGGAUGUGGGUACGUGACCAUGAGCUCACUUGAUGAAGCCAAAGCUGCCAUUGCUGCUCUAGAUGGGACAGAUGUUGAUGGACGUGAUAUGCGAGUAAGAUUUUCAGCUGACAUGAAUAGUAAAUGGGGGAGCACGGUAACGAGCUCACGACCUCAAAAGAACUUGGUAUUUGAGUCACCCUACAAGGUUUAUGCUGGCAAUCUUGCUUGGAGUGUCAAACCCGAGGACUUGCGAAAUCACUUCAGCCAAUUUGGUAAUGUAGUUAGCACGACUGUGUUGCAUGAUCGUAAAGGAGGAAAGAAUCGUGUUUAUGGGUUUCUUUCAUUCUCAACAUCUGAAGAGCUUGAAGCUGCAAUGUCGUUGGAUGGCACACAAUUUUAUGGUAGAACAAUAAAACUUCGAGAAGUUGUAAAAUGGCCCGAGCCGGAGCCUUGAUUGGAGUUUGAUGCAUAUAAGAGGAAGUGAAAUCAGAGAGGUACCAUAUACGUUUUCGUUUUAUUAUUGGACUUAUGUGCAUCAUGUUGCAGAUUAUGUCCAAACUCACAUAUAGCUUUGACAAAAAUGUAACGUACAUUUGUUUUGUAUCUUAACUGAGUCGACUACAUGAUCUCAAUUUGUGAGUUGGUCAUUGGUUUGGUUCCAUAUUUGGUUAUACUGAAUGAUACUUAGAUAUUUGACAGUUUGUAUAUAUUUUUAUUGAACUACUUGCCAAUUCAAAUGUCAUGAUUUCUU